UCUAAUGGCGAAACGAGUGUUAAUAUGGAUGUUUUUAUUCUGAAAUUCAAGAACUGUUAACUCCAAAUUUACCACAGUCUGUUUUUUCCAUCUUUGUGCUGCAUUUUAAAUUAUAAUUAAGAAACCGAAAGCUCUUGGAUUUACUGUUUGUAUCACUGUGUUCGACUACAACCGCGUCGGCACACCGAUUAUUCUAAAAGGGGGGACUCUAUCCGUUAACUGGGAAUUUCUUGAAAAUUUUCAUAUGGAGAAGACUACGGAUACACUUUGCAUGGACUUGAUUUGCCUUUAACUGGUCAAUGAGUUUCGUGAACGGCUCUGAAGGCGUUGUGCCGUGCGUUUUUUCCAGAGGUGAGGAGUUUUGCUUCAAAUUGAAGGCAAAUUUAACGCGUCCUAUAAGACUAUAUUUGCCUGAAUUGAUAGUUUUAUCUUGACCCUCCGCUGGCAAUGACAGCUCAGCAUACUGAUAUGGUCUUCUGAGCUGAAAAUUUAAAUAUUGAAUUAAUAGGGAACAGUAAAAAAGGGAGGUUUCCGUAGCACUAUGGAGAGAGCAGUCAAUCUACUUUAGAUACACUAGCAGCCUGUCUAGUCUCACAAAUACGUUCUCUUGCACUUGUCUUUGACCAUGCUUUGAAUUAUUUGAGAGAUUUUUUUUAAAUCUGUGAGCAGGUUCAGAAUGGUCAAAGACAAUACCUGUUUUACACAGUAUCAUACCAUCUACAGCUCUAUGUUCCUCAUUGUUUGACAAGUGCAGUUUGAGAGAUUGUUAGGGGUGGUGAGAAGUACAGUUGAAGACUGGUCAGCUCAGCAGCACAGAGACUAAGAAAAGGAAGUAGUUUCUGCCUGUGUUCACACCCAGCCAUGGCAUUGUCUGAGAGCUCCUCCGGUAUUCCUGCGGAUGAGCUGCCCUUCCCAGAGAUAGUGGAGCUGAAUGUGGGUGGCCAGGUGUACAUAACCCGCUACUCCACGCUUAUCAGCAUCCCGGACUCCCUCCUGGGAGAGAUGUUCACUCGCAAGAGCGCAGAAGGGCUUGCGCGUGACACCAAGGGCCGUUUUUUCGUCGACCGAGAUGGUUUCCUUUUCCGUUACAUCCUGGACUACAUGCGAGACCAGCAGCUAGUGCUCCCAGACCACUUCCCAGAACGCAGGAGGCUGAAACGGGAGGCAGAAUUCUUCAACUUGCCUGAGCUGGUCAAAAUGCUGGCGCCUAAGAUCAGCAGACAGAACUCUCUGGGCGACGAUGGCUGCCAGAGUGACCCUGAGGAAUCCUCGCCCACCGCUGACACCUCUCAUAGCCUUGCCACCCUCGGGGCAGCUGCUGCAGCCUGUGCUAGACUGGCACAAGGGGUAGGGAGCAGGGACGGGGGUGACGGACGACGCUCUGGCUUCAUCACCAUCGGCUACCGGGGUUCCUACACGCUGGGCCGAGAUAGCCACACUGACGCCAAGUUCCGCCGUGUGGCGCGUAUCAUGGUUUGCGGGAAGACCUUGCUGGCCAAAGAGGUUUUCGGUGAUACGCUCAACGAGAGCCGGGAUCCGGAUCGUCCACCAGAACGCUACACAUCCCGAUACUACCUCAAGUUCACCUUCCUUGAGCAGGCCUUUGAUAAGCUGGCCAAUGCUGGUUUCAGCAUGGUGGCCUGCAACUCGACGGGGACCUGCGCAUUCGCCCACGAGCAGACAGAUGAUAAGAUGUGGACCAGCUAUACAGAAUAUGUGUUUUACCGUGAGUGAGUUCAGCCCAUCCUGCCCAUGUCCCCUCCAGCCUCCUGCUGUUCUCAAGUGAUGUACCUCUAGAUGCCUCCAAGUCUGUCCCUCCACUGCUUUCCAUCCACUCCUUUGAACAGUGCCCCCGGUGUCCAUCAUCAGAUGCCUUGUGUCCUCCUCAAGUCUCCAACUCCUAUUGUCAAGCCAACCCUGCCGUGACCCACCAAUAACAACAUCUUUCAUUGCUGCUGCCAGAGACACUUUGUAUUCCCUGUACCUCUUCCCUUUUCCUGUUGGCUAUUUUUUUGGAGUAUAAGAGUAAUUAUAAUCUCAUUCUGACAUGCCUGGUGUCAGUCUAUCUGUAACUCUGCCACUUAAGCAUUUGAAAGUGGAGGAUGGGUCCUGAGGGAAUCCGCUAUGACUCACUUGGAAAUAUUGUGUGGAAGAUGCCUCACCACCCACCUUCACCACAACACCCUCUCUCUUCAGGCCAGCUGACCAGCAAAUAAUCAGACAAGUAAUCAGCCUUGUGAAAUAUAAUCACCACAAAAUGUGAUACCACAACAACUUACUACAGUUCUUACAGUUUUUAAAUAGGGUGACCUCUUGUUGUAAAAAUAAGGCAACUAAUGGGAGCAAGGAAUGAUUUGG